UGUAGACUUACAUAUACAGAGAGUACGGAUAUAUUUGAAGAAAUAUUAUCUAAUUUCUCUGAUCUCUCUCUGAAAACUCAGCACACUCGCAGUUCACAUAACGUCACCGGCAUUGGGACUCGCACGUAUUAAAUUCGUGACAGCUGUCGCACAGCCGGAGAACACGAGCGUACUUUACUGACGAUGGCAGCGUUAUUCCGCAUGAAUUGCGUGCAGAGUCUACGCCGGGGGUUAGCUCUGAUGUCGCCCAAGGAGACGACGAUAUGUCGCAGGAUAGCAACGACACCGAGCUAUUACGACAGCGCCAAGGAGGAGGCGAAGCCUGUCAAGAGAAAGUGGAUAAGUUACGGCUUCAGCCAGGACGACGAAGUGGAGGAUCGUCAUGCCCUGCACCAGACCAUGUUCAUCACCGUAUCCAUAGUUCUGGUGCUUGGGAUCACCGUCAUGGCCUAUCUACCUGAUGUCAGGCACAAGGACUGGGCACAGCGAGAGGCGUACCUGCAGCUUCGUUACAGAGAGGAACACGGACUUCCUCUCAUCGAUCGCAACGUGAUUGAUCCGUCCAAGAUAAUAUUGCCAACUGACGAAGAGCUGGGUGAUACAGAGAUUAUCAUUUAAAAAGUCUCAACACAUGAGAACGCACGAUGAAGAAUCUUGUCUUUCGACAACGCUGAGAUCGUUGUUUGAACUUCGAGUGUUGUUACUGCCUAUCUAUACCUUAGUACUUGUUAUAAUGUUAAUUGGGGAUAACAUGUAAUAAACACUGCUUUUGCGUGGAUUGAAAUCUUUUCUCAACUUGGCGAUCAAACUCACAAUUUUGCAAUCUUUAAAGCCUCAGUUAAAACGAGAUGCUUUAGAUACAAAAGUAUGUAUAUUGUCACUGAUCAACAUAUGUACUAGUUGUUAAUUAUAUGUAAUUAAAAUUUAUAGGUAAUAUACGGAAAAAAA